UCAUCGACUGAUGACUUCAUCCUAGCAGGAAGCAAGAUGGCGGCGGUAGGAGAACACAGGGCCAUGCCGGCUUACCUGGACAUGGCACGCUCAGUCUACACGGCCAUCACAGGCUACCUGAGAGAUUACGAAGGAGCAGCCACGCUACAAGACUCCAUCAAAGACGUCUUCGAGUACGGCUUCGUCACCAAGGUGGAUCUAGCGCUGCUUGUUCUGUUCGCAGCGGCGUGGACCGUGGUUCGCUAUGUCGCCACAAACUACGGGUUCAAGCCGUGGGGUCGCUGGGCCAACCUCCCUAAGAAGGAGCAGGAGAAGAUGCCUGAGAGUGCCUGGAAGGUGCUGUUCUACUCCAUGUCCUGGCUGUACACAUCCCACCUGCUGCUCGGCAAGGGGUACACCUUUUUCCAGGACCCUGCUUCUGUAUGGACAGGUUGGCACAAGGGGAUGUCCAUACCCACGGACAUCUAUGCCCUGUACCUGGUGCAGUGUAGCUUCUAUCUGCACUCCAUCUAUGCAGUGCUCUACAUGGACGCCUGGCGCAAGGACUCUGUGGUCAUGCUCAUCCACCACAUUCUUACCCUGUCUCUCAUUGGCUUCUCAUACAUCUUCAGGUAUCACAACAUUGGCGUCCUGGUGAUCUGGCUACACGACAUCACGGACAUAUUCCUGGAGUGUACCAAGGUCAACGUCUACUUCAAAAACCGGGGCGGGAAGUACCACGCCAUGAACGACCACCUCUCCAACUUCGGCUGCGGCAUGUUUGGGCUCACCUGGUUUGUGUUCCGACUGUACUGGUUCCCCCUGAAGGUGCUGUACUCCACGGGACACCUCAGUAGAAUCUACGUCCCUUACCUCCCCUUCUACUUGUUCUUCAACGUCUUGCUGUGGGUUCUCCUGGUCAUGAACGUCUACUGGUUUUCGUUCAUCAUGCUCUUCCUGUUCCGAGUGCUGACGGGACAGAUGUCAUCAGUGGACGACAUCAGAGAAGACGACAUCGAAACAAAACCCAAGAAAACGGGCUCAAAAGAAACACCGCUCAUGAACGGGAGUCCGAAGGUCAAGAAUGGGCCGAAUGGGCCAUUGGAGAAUGGGAACGCUAAACAGGACAACCACAGCCAUGAUGAAACAAAGAACAAUGUCAUCAAAAGGCAACGACCAAAAGCAACCAUGGAGUAGUGAUGAUACCACUUCUCAGGCGACCUUCAUGGCCAAGGUCAACAACUAUUGUUAGAAAUUAUAUUAUGUUCAUUUCAUUUCAGUUGUAUUAUGUUGUGUCAUUAUUAUUGUCAUUCAAUCUUGCGGUAAUGCAACCAAUUGCAUUGCUGCAAGGUCAUGUGAUCGGUCAUGUGAUGUAUAUAGGUUUUGAUUGGUUAGAUAAUCUCAUGAUGAUAUGACCAGGUCAUGUCACUGGCUACUGUAACUGAGGUCAUUCCAUACCAUAAAGCAAUUUGAACACAAAGGCCACGUCAAAUCUAAGCUAGCUGGGUAUUUGGAAUUAUUAGUCUAAGAUUAAAAGAACAAUAUAAUACAUGCCCAACAGCACACCAGUGUUUGCUGCCUUUGCCAUUUCAUGCUGUGGAAUGGAUGGUCAUGUGAUCUGUAAGUCGUGUGACUGGUCAUGUGACCUGGGAUCAUGUGACAGGUCGUGUGAUUAGGGAAGUCAUGACAGCCGUCAGGAAACACAAUUUGUAAAGUUCUAUCUAAAACUGAGUAAAAGGAGAUGAUUUCAUUUGUAACCACCCAAAAGGAUGCCUGUUGGCUAUUGUGAUGAUGUUGGUGAAGAACUGUAUGUGUACUUAUGAUGCCAAGAAAAUAGCUGAACAUUUCCAAAACUUGUCCAAAAUUAAGCAAAAAGUUGAUCCUUCUACGGGUCCAUUGUGAAGUUUGAAUGCGUAUUUACAGAAUUGUUGUUAAUAUUGAAAGAGCAGCUGAUUUUAUUCCAGGGGAUCCAAACAAAAUCUUAUGGAGUCCACUAUCACGACCCACGUUCAGAAAAAAACUUUUAGUAGUAGAUUUCACGCUACCGUGUGAAAUUUUCCAGGUUUCAAAGACCGUUGCGAUUGUGUCAGCCAUCCUUAGAAAAGCCAAGUAGACUGUUCUCCUUGUCCAUUCUACAGUUUGCAAAUAAUUGUACAUAUGUUUGCCCCUGAAAUAUCUUGUAGACAGAUGCUUUCCAACGUGAAGUGAUGAGAGAUAGCAAGGGCACUGUCGCUUUUCUGUCUGAGUGCAAUACGAAUUGUGCACUGCAAAUCAUUUUAACUUUCUGGCACAAAAAGGAUGUUCAUCUUACAAGUUGGCAGGGUACAUGUGUAAGGAAAAUGUUUGGGUUAUGAUGUUGUAAAAAGGAUUUGAUGUAUUUGGCAUAACCUGUGGCUAUGCACUGAAUAUUCUGUCUGUGAAUAAGUAGGAUUAAUGUUGUUGAGAUUUCCAGGAAAAAAAAAAUUAUGUAUGUAAGUUGAGUCCAGACUUUCCCAAAGACGUCUGAUAACACAUGUAAAUUGCUGGUCCUCUUGCUCUCACUGGAUUCCUUAUUUUGCUAGAAUGAAAAUUUCUUUUCUUGAGUAAAAAUUCACAAUUCUAUCACAGAAAUGUGGAAAAGCAACUGCAGGCUUGUUCCAGAAGUCUGAAAAUACAUAAAGGUAACGGAUAUGAAGUAAAAUUGAAAUUGUUGAAGAAGAAAAACGUGAUAUUCAUGCUGAAAUGAGGGGUCUUUUGCUGGCAAGUGCGACUGUCUGAAACUUGAAAGGGAAUGAAAUCUCAAGUCCGAGAAUGAUUCCUUUCACUUGAUGUAAAAUGUGAUGUGAAAUUUCAUGGUACAAAUGUAGGGUAGCUCUGUGGAGUAUACAUGUACUAGAAUAAUGCAGAGCUCCGUGGAGUAAAGUGAAAUAGUGCUUAGCUCCUGACAUGAAAGAACAUUACGUAAUUUCUCCACGAAGCCUGUAGGAGCAUUGCAGAACUCCUCAGACAGAAAGCAUAAAAUGUAUAGAACAACACGUAGGUCUGUGGAAUAAAACUGCUUUAUAUGUAGUUCCAUUGAAAGCAUAGAAUUACAUAGCCAUGCUCUGCAAACUCCCUUUAGAUUUAAACAUGUAAGACGAGUCAACAUAAUGUCAUUAUCUAAUAUAGCUAAUAAUGUCACUGAAUGUACAAACUGAUAAUUCCAUUGUCUUAGAUGAAUAGGUCAUGUUUUUGUGUUCUGUAUCUAUGAAGCAAAUGGUAAUGAUACUGUAGUGUACAAUAUCUGGUCUGCUUGCUAUGACAUCUGCUACAUUUUUACAAUCAAAGAAGAUUUGACGCAUGUUAAGUCAUCAAGCUGGCUAUGAAUUUUGAAGUCAGCAAGCUAACUGGAAUCCUUGUUUCUUCUGGAAGCUGUUUCCUUCUUUUGUGGAAAGGCGUGUAGCUCAUGGUGCAAAAUCUUAUGUCUCAUGUACCGAUAAGUUAUAUAUAUCAGUCAAGUUGGAACUGAAAUUCAGGGCAUAACUCCUAGCUGGUGUUAUUGUCUGAGUUGGCAACAGUUUCUCUUGGAUUACCGUUACAAUUCAUCACAAUCCGUCCUACUGUUUACCAUUACCCACAAUACACCAUUACCCAUGAUGCACCAUUACCCAUGAUACACCAUUACCCAUGAAGCCUAGGGCUAUGACCUGAUUUUUUAGAUGCUUGUUUGAGAUUUGUAUAAAAUGGUAGUUUUACUCAUGGUUAUGCAACUGACCAGAAUGGUUGUAUGUUUGAUCAGGAUAUGUUGUGUAUAUUGAUUAUUAUUAUUGUAAAAAAACACCCCAGUCCCUUUAAACAAAGACUGACAAUUGGACAGUCUUACACUUUAUCCUAAAACGGGUCUUAUGUACAUUCCCUAUAAAGCGUACAUUCAAGCAUUCUGAUCUUUAAGAAUUUAUAUUUUGUGUUAUGGACGAAAGUACACAAUGUCACAUACAUGUCCCAAAUGCAACCCUUACCUUAAAAGAUCUUAAAUGGCUUACGACUUGAAAUUUGGCAUAAAACUGGAUUGUUUAGCUCUGAGCAUGUGUUGCAUAAUGCUAAUAUUUUGCAACAAACAACAAGGAUUAUAUUGUUGCCUCAUAAGCCGAUAUUUGUUGCCAUGUCAGAGGUUAAUUUUCUUGCUAUUAGUAAGUAUAUUAUUAUUGACAUGAGUACUGUGAAAAUCACAUGAUAAUAGCACUUAGUAAACCAUUUGGCAGUUGAAAAUCUAUAGAAUAAUGAUUAAGUUGCUCCAAGUUUUCUGACAAUAUGUCAGGUUAAACCACUGCAUGCCACACAGAGUUUUGUAAUACAAAAUGUACAUGUUAAAUGUUUCAUAAUAAGGUCCAGCGGAGUGUUUUUUGUGAACAGUAAUGCCUUGCUUUGUGUUGACAUAAAUGUAAUUAUGAAAGCCAUACCUAAGCUAAAUGCUGCCUUCUAUAAUCCUGUGAUGGUAACAUAAAUUUGUGGUUCUUUUUCUGAUGCCAAAGGGGGGAAGGAGUUGAUGCUGAUGGGUCCAUUUUCUGGAAGGUCAUAACUAACUCCAUGUAAGUGACAACUUGUGAUGUGCGUACUGCCCCCCUCCCAUUGUUUUAAACUUUCAGGAAUGAAUGGCUCGAUAUACAUAAUCCAGCAAUUUAUUGAUGCUAUACAGGACAUUGAUGAUAUCUUGUGUUGUUUGUCAUGGAAUACCUGCACCUCUUAAAAGUACAGUUCUUUGACAAAAAUCCUGAGGAAAUGUCACAAUACUGGGCAAAGUUAUUGCAACCAUACAAGUAUGUCUUGCACCCCUCCCCCUUAUCUCUCUAGAUCUCAUGGCAAAAGAAGUGUUUUCAUUGCCCGUUUUCACUGGGAAUUCUUGAUUCUCUUAUCACUUUAUCAACAAUUACUUCAGUAUUGAUGCAUUGUUGCCAUUACAUUCAAUUCAUCAACUCAUAAAUUUACCCCACACCCCACCCGAGCAUUUUAGAAUAGCCAUGGUACAGCAUAUUGAAAUGUGUUGUAGAUGGUUUAGUAAAGUCGUCAAUACUAGUAUUGUAAUGUGCAAACAUAGAUGUAACAAUAGUAACAUGCUUCUAACACCUAUUUAGAGUUGUGCACACUUGUAAAUAAUGACUUCAAGUUUACACAAUGAACUCCGGCCAAAUGUUUUGCUCUUACUCCUAGUCUUUAAGACUGAUAUGAGGACAACGUUUGUGUCAUAUUUUUUUAUUUAAUUUGUUUUCAACUUUGUGCAAUACACUCAGUUGUUAGGGGUGGAAUAUUCUUUGAUCAGUUGGUGUUUUUGGAAAGUAAAAAAAUAUGAACAAAAUCUUUACAAAGUAUUGUAUAUCUUUCAGUUGUACAUGCAUUCUCCAAAUUUGCAUUCUUUUCAGUCGA